AUGGAGUAUUUGACGCAGGCGCUGCAAAUCGGCAAUGCGCAUGCGCAUCAAACGCAUAGUGCGCUACAAAGCGCGCAACAGCAACAACAACACCAGCAGCAGCAACAACACCAGCAGCAACAACAACACCAGGCCCACCUACAACUGCUACAGAAUGUGCAGCAUGUGCAACAGCAGCAGCAACAACAACAGCAGCAGCAGCAACAUCAACAACAACAACAAUUGCUUGGCAGCCUGCAAUCGCCCAGCCACGCAACGGCGCUGCCACCGCUCAGCUCACUGCCGCUACAAGUCGUCCACAAUCUGCCACAUCUGCUAGCCGCCAACAGCGCUGGUGGCGGUGGUGGUGCGGGUGGCAUUGGCACUGGCAGCAAUAAUGGUCUCUCCUCCGCCACCGCCAAUUCAUCCGCUAUGGCCGCUGCGCACCUCACCAGCCUCGGCAGCAAUUUGGUGAACACCAGUAAUCUCGUCAAUAGUAUUGCCGCUGCUGCCGGCAAUUCGUCCAACAGCAAUCUGUCCAACUCCAAUAAUGCCUCCAAUAACAUUAACAACAGCAGCAACGUUGGCAACGCGAGCAACAGCCUGAGCAACAAUGUCCACUUGCACCUGCGCAACACAAUGCAAAAUGUGGCCAAUACACAGCUGCAGCAAACGAUCAAUACGCUGGGCAACAAUUUGGUGGGCAGCUUGCCGCCAAGCAGUCAGUUGUUGCAUCAUCGCUUGCAACAUUUGGCCAAUGUGGCGAAUGUGAACAAUGCAGCGGCGGCUGUGGUCGCUGUGGCGGCGAACAACAUCAACACCAUGAACAACAUCAGCAAUGGUCUCGGCAACGGCAGCGGCAAUGUGUUGGCGAAUGUUGGCAAUGCGGCCAAUUUGAUUGCGCUCAAUGCUGGUGGUAACAACAACAAUAACAAUCCAGCAACACCCAAUAACAAUAACAACAACAAUAACAAUCCAGCAACACCCAAUAACAAUUUGAGCCUGAAUGGCUUGGUGGGGAUUAUUGGUGGUGGCGGCGCGGGUGGCGGCGGUGGCGGCGGUCAGAGCAAUGCCAAUGGCGGAAGUGCAAACGACAACAACAACAACAAUAAUAACAGCGGCGCGGGUAUUGCGCACAACAAUGGCAAUGCCAAUGUGGCUAACGGUGUUGGCAGCAACAACAACAAUAGCAACAUUAGCAACAACAUCAUGGAGGAUAACAAUCGUUGGACGCAAUUUCAGGUGCAGCAGCUGUGGAAGCAACACGCCUCGUAUCUGAAUG